AUGGCAAAUGGAUGUAAAGAUAUGUUGUUUACGCGUGGAACUGGGCAAAGUGACGACUCAGACAUUUGGGAUGAUACAGCAUUGAUAAAGGCUUAUGACAAGGCUGUCACCUCAUUUAAGACUGCUUUGAAGGGAGAAAAGGAGGAAGAACAACCACAACAUUCCAAGAAAAAACAGCCAGGAAAGAAAAGAAAGAAUAAUAAAAAGAACCAAAGUAGAAAAAGAACAAACAAGCCUCCAGAUAAAUUGUGGAAGGUUGGAGAUUCGUGUUGUGCUUACUGGUCAGAAGAUGGACAAUUGUAUGCAGCCAGUAUCUCCUCCAUAGAUGAAGAAAGGGAUAUUUCAGAGAGCGAACAAGAUGUACUUUCAAAAUCAAAGGAAGUUGAGUCGUCAACCGAGGAAAGUGAGCUGUCGACAACCCCAAAUGCACACAAACUGCAGUCGCAUAGUAAGCAUCAGUCCAAGAAAGAUCACCUUCCUGGAUUUCCUCCUGGACCACCUCCUAUGCCAACUUUCAAGCAGGGGGGAAGUAAGCGAUCGAGUGGACAUGGACCUGCCCCUCCUUCCUGGCCUCCUAUGAUGGCGUUUGGCCCCCCUAUGAUCCCCCCGCCUCCUCCGAUGAGUCCUGACAUGGUCGAUGAUGAGGCUUUGGGCAGUGUCCUCAUCUCAUGGUACAUGAGUGGCUAUCACACAGGAUACUACUUGGGAUUAAAACAAGCACGAAAAGAAGCUGCCAACUGGACAAAAAGGCACCACAAAUGA